UUUGUUGCGGUGCUCAACCGUUUCGGUCGUUCGACAUACAAAAUAGACAUGUUGUUAAUAUUGAUUUUAUUGUGUUGGAAGUAUGCGGAUGGGAGUAUUCCCGUUGUUCCCGGAAGGAGAUCCGCGGAGGCUAACGAGUACCCCUACGUUGUGAGCAUAAUUGACCGUCGGGAAAUCCACAGAUGCGGUGGCUCCUUGGUACACCAAAGCUGCGUCCUGACCGCGGCGGUUUGUAUAGGUGGGUACUCGUUUUACGCCAAAACAUUUUACACGCUGGACGAGUCCGACUUUAAAAUAGUAGCCGGGUCGAAAUCAAUGGGCACAUUUACUUCCGGAAUGGGUCAAAGGUUAAUAUUCGUUCAAAAGUUGAUCCUACACCCAGGGUUGGAGAUGUACAAGGCCGGCCACUGGAAGAACAACGUCGGCCUGGCGAUCACGGAAAAGCCGGUUCGGUUCGCCCGUCAUAUACACAUACCGGAACCGUUCCAAAGGUAUACAGACGUCGAACUGUUGACCAUGGGCUGGGGGAGGUCGACCAUCACAUGGAAUCCAGUCGAGAAAAAGUUCGACUACAGCGGCCAGUCGGAGGAGUUGCAGGUUUUCAAAUCGAGCAUGUUAGACGUCAACACAUGCAGAGAAUGGCUGUGCACCAUUUACGCAAUGGACAACUGCGAAAAGACUGAUACUAACGAGUUUUGCGGCGUCACCAGCGUUGGCAACACCACUGGAGUCUGCUCCGGGGACAUCGGGAUGCCAGUCGUAUUCAACGACACCCUCUGGGGGGUCGUUAGCUGGGGCAUGCCUUGCACGUCCUCUCUCAAGUCGAAAUUCGCCAUCUCCGACCUCCGCCUAGUCCACGACUUAAAAACGCUAUAUCCAUUCACGAAAAGUUCGAGCCUCCUUCCAACACAUGCGUACUUCCUUUUUGCACUUUUAACAGCUGUUAUUUCUUAUUUUUGAAUAAAGCGUUGUCAUUUUGUAACUGUCUUCUCAGCCCUGUUAUAGAUACACGUUUUGGAAACAAUAUAGCACUGGUUUCACAAUGGGGGUAAACAUGAAGUAUCAUUUGCCUCCCAAGAUUAUUCUAUGUCUAUUAACGUAGUCGCAUAUGCCUUCCUGCCACAGAUCACGUAGACGUACUUUUACCAUAGCGCGAGGUUGACCUCAAAACCAAGAGCGCCUGCUCCCCGAAUCAAAACAUGACCCAAUUCUCAUCCCCCCUCAAUCAAUGUUAAAUGUAACAUACAGUCCUCUGUAAGACAAUGCUCAAAAAAGUUUUUACCCGCAGAAAGCUUUUCAUUGCACUAAACGAUAGUAUGAACAGUCAGGUUAAUCCUAAAAGUGUGGCGAAACUGUUGUAUAUUUAUUUAAUUUUUAAAUAACGUAUGUAAGUCGUCAAGCUAAACAAUUGGACAAGUUUUAUUGUAUAGGAAAAUUAUAUUAAAAAUCACUUUUUCUCUUCUCUUUUCACAUUUACGUCAUAAGUCCGUCAGUAUGUUUGUUAUUUUACACUUUACGUCAUAAAUAUUGG